AUGGCACCACCAUCAUUAUCUAUAGUUGAAAGAAUAAAACGUGAUCACUUUACUAAUAGCUUUGCAAGUCAAUCGCUUAUUAAUGAAAUUAAACAAUUACAAAGCGAUCACGACUGGGAAGCGGAUCUAAUUUUACAAGAGAUACGAGACAUCUAUGAUGAUCCUAGUCACCCACUCUAUGACUUUGGAUUCGAGCUCUUUACAACAAAUAAUCAGUUUAUUAAAAAGCUGUUGUCAACCUUGUCAAAUACUACAGAGGGCCAGACUAUAAAAGGAUCUACUGGCUUAUCGACAAUAUUGCCUAGUGAAAGAGAAGAAUUGAUUCAAAAAGUAGAGGACGGGAUAUUGAGAAAGUAUUCCAAUGUAGAGAGCUUUGUGAUGGGAGAUAAGUUAGGCCCAGUUUCUGAAACAAGACAUAGACUUGGUGUGGCUGCAGUAGAUGCAGAAUCAUUGCGAUCUACUGUAGAGAAAAUAAAGAAUGGGCUGCAACAGAGAAGGUUUGAUAUGCCACUCGGAAGAAUUAAAUUGACAAGACUAGUUGUGGAAUGUAUUGAACUCAUGUUGGAAGUUCUGGACACAACCUGGUCGAUCAUGGAAGAAUUUAGACUGAAGCAUGAAAAAGAGAUGAACACAGUUUAUGACGAGCACCUGGGAGUUAUGGUUGAUACUCUUGAAUCUCUCAGAAAUGCGCUUGAAAAACAACAUCAAGACGUUCAGGCAGAGCUAUCGUUUGCAAACAAACAAAUCGAGGAAUAUCAUUCAAUGGGACCUGAAUUUCGUACAUUGUGCUCUGCUUACUUUGACUUAUUGACCAUGAUCCAAGAAACCGAAGAUGAUAUUAGAAGGAUAAAUAAUGCUUGA